UGGUAUAAAUGAACGGUCAUCUUCUCAGAGGAGGCAGCAGCUCGAUGUGACGUUUCCCUUUAAUGACUGUGCCCUGACAUCCAGAGAAUGACAUCAUCGACGUUGUGAACGGGCGCGUUGUUAAGUAACGAGAGGGGGAGACAGACUCGCGAGGAGGGGGAGGAGGAGGAGGACGCCCGAGCUGCUGGAGCUUUCAGGGACUAUCAACAGGGAGUGCGAGCCGACGACAGAGCGAAGAGCCGGGGGUAUGAGAGCCGCCACAAUCCGCGCCCAUCCACCUCAGUGCAGGCUCCUGUCCGACUGACAACCACCGGAUCAGAACCUCCACGGAACCAGCUCUCGGACAAACCCAGUAUUGGUGACAACUUGCAAACAUGGAGCUGAGAGUGGGGAACAAGUACCGGCUCGGGCGGAAAAUAGGGAGUGGCUCCUUUGGGGACAUUUACCUUGGUGCCAACAUCGCCACCGGUGAGGAGGUAGCCAUCAAGCUGGAAUGUGUGAAGACCAAACACCCACAGUUGCACAUUGAAAGCAAGUUCUACAAGAUGAUGCAGGGAGGAGUGGGUAUUCCAUCGAUAAAGUGGUGCGGUGCAGAGGGAGACUACAACGUGAUGGUGAUGGAGCUGCUUGGGCCCAGUCUGGAGGACCUUUUCAACUUCUGCUCCCGGAAGUUCAGCCUAAAGACUGUCCUGCUUUUGGCGGACCAGAUGAUAAGUCGCAUUGAGUACAUCCACUCGAAGAAUUUCAUCCACCGGGAUGUUAAGCCUGACAACUUCCUAAUGGGCCUUGGCAAGAAGGGUAACCUGGUGUACAUCAUCGACUUUGGCCUGGCCAAAAAGUACCGCGAUGCCCGCACACACCAGCACAUCCCUUACAGGGAGAACAAGAACCUGACUGGCACAGCGCGCUACGCCUCCAUCAACACACAUCUGGGAAUCGAGCAGUCCAGACGCGACGACCUGGAGUCACUCGGCUACGUCCUCAUGUACUUCAACCUGGGCUCCCUCCCCUGGCAGGGCCUCAAGGCCGCCACCAAGAGACAGAAGUACGAGCGAAUCAGUGAGAAGAAAAUGUCCACGCCCAUCGAGGUUCUCUGCAAAGGAUACCCUUCUGAAUUCUCCACGUACCUGAAUUUCUGCCGUUCACUCCGUUUUGAUGACAAGCCAGACUACUCGUACCUACGACAGCUCUUCAGGAAUCUGUUCCACCGCCAGGGCUUCUCCUAUGACUAUGUCUUUGACUGGAACAUGCUCAAAUUUGGCGCCAGUCGAACAGCCGAGGACGGGGAGCGGGAGAGGAGGACGGGAGAUGAGAGGGAUGAGCGAAUCGGAGGGGCCCCGAGGGGCUCUGCGUCGAGGGGCCUGCCCCCGGGUCCCCUCCCCGCCGCUGCCAACAGGGUCCGCAACGGGCCAGAGCACGCCGCCUCCAACCCCGCCUCACGGGUCCAGCAGUCUGGGAACACGUCGCCUCGUGCAAUUUCUCGCGCGGAGAGGGAGCGGAAAGUGAGCAUGCGGCUCCACCGCGGGGCGCCCGCCAACGUCUCGUCCUCCGACCUCACGGCCCGGCACGACCAGUCCAGAAUUUCCACGUCGCAGGUCAGCGUGCCGUUUGAGCACAUGGGGAAGUAGAAUUCUUUGGCUCUGCAUGCACAUGAAACGGACAGGGCUGCAAGGUAUCGCAUCGCUCCGAUUUCUUUUUCUUUUCCUUUGUUUUUACCUUGUCUUAUGAAAUUAAUAAAUGCCAAUGGACACAUGGAUCUUUGUAAAAAGGACAGUGAAUCUUUUAAGGAUCCGGGGACGUAUGUGGCCGUAUCCAACAUGCACUCCUUCAAGAACCUUUUUUGCUGAACGGAGGACCACCACAAUACAAUAAGCCAACAAAUGACGGUCCUACACCUUUUUGACUCCAUGGUUGCUUCAUUCCUCAAAAUGUCCCCCCCCCCCCCCCCCCCGUACCUUCUGUCAGACACGUGUGAAGAGCAGUCUGUCAAAUAGACAUCCAGGACGUGCGCAUGAUUCUCGUCACGGUUCCACUUAGUGAUUAUGUAGAAGCUUAGCCAAGACUUGUCUUUUUCAGUUCGACACAGCGAAAAAGCAUCUUUUCAGUGUAUGUUAGUUUAUCAUUUAUGAGGACAUCUUAAAUUGGAGCUAGUUAUUGGUUUCCUUUUGUAAGAGAAAUAACGGCUAAAAGAUGGAACAAAGGUGGGGGAGGAAGGUGAGAGUGGACAAAGAGGAAGGUAGCAUCGGAAAGGAUCAGUAAGUGGUGAUUUAGCUGUUGUAAUGUUUCUGGUGAAGUAGCAGUUGGUGCCUGCUCGCCCCUCUUCCACAUCGUGAUUAUUUACUGUCCCUCAAAACUCAGCCACCAAAACCUCCACCCCACCCCCCCCUUACUUUGCCCGCUUCGACUUGCGCGCCUCCUUUUGUCUUCAGUGCGAGUGGUAAGAAUGAGGAGAGGUAUUGCAGACGCACUCCACGUCUUGAGGGAAGCUCCUCAGGAAAGUCUCAGUGGAUUUGAGCGGAAACCAUAGCGGCCCGUUUGCCUGUCGAAAAGUGGCUGCAGUUUUUAUGAUAGUUCUAGAUGUUACCUUUUUUAAAAAUGUUUGUUAUUGAUGUCAUUGGGGGAGUGAGCAGGGGGGGAGGGGUGUCCAAUGACUUUUUUGGUUUUAUGUUUACUUCACUGUAAAUAUGUUUUUAUUUUGAUGUAAAUCCAAAAUGUGGUUACUUGUUUUAAGGCGUAAAGUAGGAAAAUGCAUACUAAUGAGAGAAAUUCGGCCUGGGUUUAGAAUUUUAGGUAUUUCGGACUACAUUGUGGAAUGGGCUACUGUUCCUUUGCCAGCUGGGUCAUCCAAUAUUGUGUGUUUGUGAGAGAGAAAGUGAGCGUUCCAGUGAAUCCCUGCUAAUAAUACAAUACUCAUUUUGCCUUUUAUGCCUAUUCCUUCUCUGCUAUUUAUGAAACUAUUUUUUUUGUCUGAUAUAACUUUGUCCUUUUUGUUUAGUAGUGUUUGUUCAGGUUUCUUUUUCUGUCUUGUUUCCUUCCUACGUGUCAAAGGUUGUCAGCCUCAUAUAAUACACAGGGCUCUCAAUAUUCCUGCUCAACAAUAUAUUUAUAGUUUGAUGUCACCUUUUGGAUUUCGAUCUCCAGCAACCUUGAUGAUGUCAUUUGCAGUAAAAAUAACAUGCAAUUGCAGGGAUGUGUAAAUAGCAGUGUACUGUGUGUAAUUACCUUUGUACAGGCCGCCAUGACCCAGUGGCAUAGUAACAGUUUCGGUUGGGAAUGGUAGAAAAAAGGUUGAAGGGGAUUUCACUUUAUGUAUUGUGUACUGAUAUCUUGUACAGUUCUUUAACAAGCUUUAUUUACAACAGUAUUUGUGUAUAUUUUAUGAAGUAAUAAAAAUGAAUAACGUUGCUCACAACU